GGUUUUGUUGCUAAGCUGCAGCCAGCGUCGCAGCCUGAGCACCGCUCGUCGCUCCCUACCCACCCCUCGGCCCCUCCCUCUCCUUGUUGUCACAGGAAGCGGUUACCUUGGUUACCAGUAUUACAAGAGAAGGGACCAACAUGAUAAAACAGCUCUACCCCAUUUGGCCACACCCACACAGGUUGCGCUGUACCACUCCUUCCCAACUCGACUCCUCUCUCGCACCUGGGGACGUCUGAACGGGUUGAACCUCCCUAAAUGGCUUCGUAAACCCAUCUAUUCUCUCUAUAUUUGGACAUUUGGGGUCAACAUGCAGGAGGCAGCAGUAGAGGAUUUACAUCAUUAUAAAAAYCUGGGUGAAUUUUUUCGUCGACGUCUCAAACCUGCUGUCCGACCGGUUUGCCCCUCAUCUUGCAUGACUUCUCCAGCUGAUGGGAAGAUCCUUCAUUUUGGUCGAGUGAAGAACUCAGAAGUGGAACAGGUGAAGGGGGUUACCUACAGUCUUGAGAACUUCCUKGGUCCACAGAUGAGGCAGAUCGAUGUCUCAUCUUCCUCAUCUUUCCGGGAUCUCCUCUUGUCAUCUCCUGAUAAUGACUUGUUUCACGUUGUUGUCUACCUGGCUCCAGGUGAUUAUCACUGUUUCCAUUCUCCCACUGAUUGGAAUGUGGAGCUUCGACGUCACUUCCCAGGUUCGUUGAUGUCUGUGAACCCUGGUGUGGCUCGUUGGAUCAAAGAGCUCUUCUGCCUUAAUGAGCGUGUAGUGCUCAGUGGCCAAUGGCAGUACGGCUUCUUCUCGUUAACGGCAGUCGGAGCAACAAAUGUGGGCUCCAUCAGACUUUACUUUGACCAGGAGUUGCAGACCAACUGUCCUUUCUACAGCAAAGGAUCCUUCCAGGAUCGCAGCUACGUGGCCACAAGCAACCAGGUAAAGGGGGCUGCAGUUGAAGGGGGCGUGGCUUUACAGAAAGGUGAGCCUGUGGGCGAGUUUAACCUUGGCUCCACCAUCGUUCUGCUCUUUGAGGCACCCAAAGACUUCAGCUUCAACCUUCAUCCUGGACAGCGAAUCAAAGUGGGGGAGGGCCUUGGCAGCCUGUGAUUGGCUGCAGACUCAAGGGGCGGAGCAUUGUGGAGGUGAUAAAAGGACGUAUGGACUUCUAGAAUGUGUUGUGCCUCAGAAAGGAAAAAAUGCCAAAUGUGUUUCUAACUGAGAAAAUGUUCUGUCAUCAGUUUUAUUUUGAAAAUCUGACUCAGGUAGAACACCUGUUAGCAUGAAAACAGGAACUUUGUUCCUUAUUUUAUCUACUUCUGUAAAAUAUGUAAAUGUUAAAAUUAAUAAAUUUUUACUUUCAUCAGUU